AUGUCAACAAGAACGAUACAUAAGCAAAUCGUUUCAGAUUCCUCUUCCUUCAUCUCGCUUCCAGCAAUUGAAUUAAUAACAACGAUACCGACCUCGCAGGAAUCUAAUAAAAUACCGAUAUCAUUGAUAGUGAGUCUUGGUGGAGAUAAUUUCAUAGACGGAAAUGUUUCCACCCUUUUAGAAAAUGAAGGAAAUAUCAAGAGAAUAGACACUCAAUUAGGUACCUUAGUGUCCUAUUAUUAUGCAUUACCACGUCGUACGUCGAGAAAUAAAUCUGAUACAUCUAUACAAAGGGAUCCAGAAGUGAUCGGUAUGCCUUUAUUAGAUACGAGUUACGAUACUGUUGCAGAUAUUACCAGACAAUUGGCCAUAUUGAUCGUUAAGAAAUAUCAUAGACCAUGUUAUGUUGCAUGGAGCUUGAAAAAUGGAUCUGAUCUAUCGUCGCUGGAAUUGAAUCAAUUAUUUAUUGUAAAGAAAUGUAUGGAAAUCCUUGUACCAUUGUUAAAGGAAUGA